AUGAAAAGAACUAAAUUCUGGAAGCCGGUGAUUGAUAAACUUUCAGCUAAGCUGUCUAGGUGGAAAGCCAAUCACCUAUCUUUUGCGGGGCGGAUGACUCUAGCCAAAUCGGUCCUCGGGAGCCUUCCCUCUUACUUCCUUUCCUUGUUUGCUGCCCCUAAAUCUAUUAUUGAAAGGAUAGAAAAAAUUAGAAGAAAUUUCGUUUGGGGGAUCUCGGAUUCGGGCCGGAAGAUGAGAUGGAUUCGGAGGGAGUUACUAGUGAAAGCAAGGAAAAAGGGAGGCAUGGGUCUCGGUGGAGUAAAAUCCUUCAAUGUGGCUAUGCUCACUAAAUGGUGGUGGAGAUUCCUCUCUAAUCCGAAUGAUCUGUGGGCCAGAGUUGUUGGUUCUAUCCACAAAGGCACUUCUAAUUUCUCCCAGACUCUAGUUCCGGUUAAGAAGUCCAUUCCUGGAACCUGGAAAGAUAUCGGCUUAGUGGAAACUUUGUGGCUUAAAGCUGGUAUAUGUUUAAAAGAUAAAUUAAUCAACAGUGGUGACAGAUGGAUUUGGAGAUCGUUGAAGGAUGAAGAAUUCUCUGUUAAACAAGCCCGGAGGGAUCUGGAACCGGUUGAUGAUGGUUCGGAUGCGGAGCAGAUUAUAUACAGAUGGGUAAGUUGGGGUCCUCCUAAAGUGAACUACUUGGUUUGGCGUGCUCUGCUUGGAAAGAUUGCUUCGAGAGCCGGUCUAAUUCGAAGGGGGGUUCCCAUUUUGGAUCCUUCUUGCCCGAGUAUCUGGUGGAACAUGCUGAAUUGGAUGCGGAUUAGCUUCCCUUUGGACUGCAAUAAUUUUAAGGAGCUCGUGGAUUAUCUUCAUAACAGGCCGGGAUCUUCAGGUUGGAAGAAGGCCAUGCUAACGGUUGCUUUGGCUACGUGUUGGGGAAUCUGGAAAGCUCGAAACAUCAAGACUUUUGAGGGUAUCUUUAUCCCUAUCUCCAAAUCUGUCGAAUUUAUUAAGGAGGAGGCGUUUUUAUGGAUUUGUAAUCGGUCCAAGAAUAAGCAUUUGAAUUGGGAGAAUUGGAGGCUGUUUGAUCUGUCUGCUCUGAUGUAA